AUGAUAGUCCUCCUUUGCAAAUUCAGAGCAAACUGGAUAAAGAAGAUUAUAAAACAACUGCCUGUUGGUUAUAAGGAUGACAGCGAGGGAAAACAUGAAAAGAGAAAAACGUACACCCUUCGAGGACCGGAACCAAUUCCUUCUGAUUCUCCUGUCCUCAUGAGGAGAAGGCAGAAGACAGAAUCCACUUCAACAGAGAACACCCAUGUUACCCAACAAUCCAUGUAUUCUAGUCCACGAGACGUAAGGAAACUCAUGGAUGCCGAGGAACAAAGUCACGUGAAGCUUCAGUCCUUGUAUUCCGCACCACGUGAUCUUAUUCCAACUGAUGCUCGAAGUAGUUGUCUUGACCAGCUUGGGCUGGAAGACUACAUGCUUAAACCCGAGGAAGCCGAUUUGUCUUCCACAAGCCAAAUUGCGACCGAACCAUGUUCAAAUGAUACAGACAAAGACGAAAACCCGUACAGUUUCGUUCGACGUUCUGCUGGAAGACAGCUCAGUCAGUUUUCAUAUUCACCAGCUGGGAACGAUAUUUCACGGUCAGAAUCUAGACUUGACUCCAAUAGUAUUCUCAAUCCCCGAGAUGAGCACAGAUUGUCGGCAUUUAGAAGAUACAGACGCUCGACCUGUCCAGAUUUGGGAGAAUUCGGACCUAAUCAAGGAGAUUUACAGUCACAAAAUGCAAAUGUCAAAAGAAAUUCUCACACAGGAUCGACACAUCAAUCUAAACCACCAGAGGAACCAUUUUAUUACACACUGGAAACCGUACAUCCAUACCCAAUCCCUGUCUUAGAGGCAACCCAGAAUACCCACAGGACGUCAAGUUACUCCCAACAUUCCUCGUGUUCUAGUUCCGGCAACAGUGACGCACUUUCAAAAAGGUAUUCGAGAAGUCUAUCCGAGAAAAUAUUGAAUGAAUGUCCGUUCUUGAGUGUGAACUUUGAUAACAUUUUUGAAGAGUCAAGAAGAUCUAAAACAACUUUAUAAAUACAUGUAUACGUAAUACUUUUCAUUUCCUUGUAUCAAUUGGGACUUUUUUCAAGGCGUAACAGGAUUUUAUUCUGACCCCUAUCAAUUAUUUUACUGUUUGUA